AUGACUGAGUGGAUACAGAACUACGCCCAGAGCCUGAAGGAGAAGACAGAGGACCUGAAGCGCCAGAGGCAGCUGGCAGAGGAUCUGCUGCACCAAAUGCUGCCCAAAUCUGUCGCCAAGCAGCUCCGCCAGCAUAAACACGUCGAGGCAGAGAGCUAUGAAAAGGUGACCAUUUUUUUCUCAGACAUUGUGGGCUUCACCUCUAUCUCUGCAUCCUGUACUCCUCUGCAAGUGGUGGAGAUGCUCAACAACCUCUACAUGUGCUUUGACACACGCAUUGAUUCCUACGAUGUCUAUAAAGUGGAGACAAUUGGGGAUGCAUACAUGGUGGUGAGCGGUCUGCCUGAGAGGAAUGGAGAUAGACAUGCUGAUGAGAUCGCCAAGAUGGCGCUGGAUCUGGUAGCAGCUGUUAGACAGGUCUCCAUCCCUCACAUGCCCAAUGAGAGGCUGCAGCUUCGAGCCGGCAUCCACACAGGUCCAUGUGUGGCAGGAAUAGUGGGCUACAAGAUGCCAAGAUACUGUCUGUUUGGAGACACUGUCAACACCGCCUCUAGAAUGGAGUCGACCAGCCUGCCUCAGAAAAUCCACACCAGCUCAGAAACCUACUUGGCUCUGAUUAAAGACAACGCCUACGAGCUGCAGCUCAGAGGAGAGAUUGAGGUUAAGGUCCAAAAGCCCGGUCGCCUGGGCCGCCCACCCGCCCUCACAGAGGUAGCGGUAUCAUCUCGCAAUCUUCAGCCAAACCCCAAUAACGCCCCCCUCUGCCCCUCGAAUAAGCCUUUUCAUCAAUAA